UGGCGAUGUCGUGGAUAUAUCAAGCUGCUUUUGCCGUCUUUGUGUGGGCCUCUACAUCACAGGCAUUCAACGUCACUGUUCUUGUGAUCCGUGAGCAAAAUGAGGCAGCAGCAGCUCCACCGACAACACUUCACGACAUCAUUUCCCCUUUUACAACCACCCGCAUCGUGGACGAUGUCGACAUUUUUAACUUUUGGGCGACAGAAUACCCCAGUCUGUCGGGCUGGCUGGUUGUUUUUGGACACUCGGACAAAGUCCUGUCCGUUGAACCUCUUCCACGAGAACCUCCUGGCCUAUAUAACCCUCCACCCGGGGUCGUGCGGAGCGGAGAAUGACACGUCUGUUUUCCAAGUGCACACGACACCGUUUGACUACCGCGACAUCGUGGCAGAUGUGGCGAACUACACACAUUCCCCGAGUGACUCUGUCGCCUUCUUGUAUGAUGAAUCGGGAAAAGAGUACCAUGAACAGAUCAGUCUGCGCAAAGUCAACCAUUUCCUGUUCCACCUCGAGCUGCCCAUGCCACAUGACAACAUACCGGAAGUGCUUGCUAACCUGACUGUGAAAACCGACGUCCGAUACGUGUUUCUGAUGGGAACAUCGGGGUCUAUAGAAGAUAUGCUUAGACACGCACAUCGGCUGAACAUGUUGUCUGGGCGCUACCACUGGCUGCUGCACACCACCGACGGUAUCACACCUUGCUGUGACAAGAGCUACGACCACAGCAUCCUCGUCAUCAAAGACCUCCACAGCACGGCAACCAUGGACAACGAAGAGCGGCUCAUUGGUUUCACGGCUGACGUCAUUCAGGAGAUGCAUGACGUCAUAGCUGCGACGUCGGACCCAGUGUGUGCCUGCUCCUCAUCAUGUAAUUCCUGCAGAUCUCUGUUCGACAGGUCGCUGAACAAGGUUAUAGAGAAUGACACUCGGGUAUUUGGACAAGAAGAUGCCACUAACAGUGAAGUGAAGUUUACACUGUGUAAAUACACCGGCAACGACACAAGAAGCCUCUCUCAGGUGGCCACGUGGAGUCAAAGCGGUGGGGUGGAGUCGACAGAACAGCUGUUUGUCAAUGGUGUCAAGGGCGUGGUCCUCAGGGUAGCGGCUGUUGUGGAACCUCCGUUUGUAAUCCGCAACUCAACGGGAGACUAUUCUGGCUACAGUAUUGAUGUGCUUGAUGCCAUUUCCAAAAUCAUCGGCUUUACCUACACCGUGAAGGAAUGCUAUGACGGUCACUAUGGUAACAUGGACUCAAACAGCAUAUGGACCGGCUGCAUCAGGAACAUCGUUGAAGGGGACUCUGACAUCAUAGCAGGCGCUCUGACAGUGACGGCAGACAGAGAAGACGUGGUGGACUUCACCCUCCCCUACUACGACUUCGCAGGUAUACAGAUCGUCAUGAAGAAACAAAAUCGGCAAAUCAGUUUGUUCUACUUCGCCGACGUCUUCACUCCUCUGGCCUGGCUGUGUCUGGGCGUGGUCAUCGCAGUGACCAGCAUCAUGCUACUGUUGUUUGACCGCUACACGCCCACUAGGGCGAAGGACUCGACUGUGGAAGGAGAGGUGGUCGACAAAAAGGCUUUCGAUUUGAAGGAGAGCAUCUGGUUCGUGAUGGGAUCUCUCACCAUGUCCGGGGCAGGCGUUCCUCCUAAAAGCUUUUCCGCACGCCUCCUGGUCGCUGGAUUCUGGUUCUUCUCUAUCAUCAUGAUGUCCACGUUCACCGCCAACCUGGCCGCUUUCCUCACCGUGUCCCGCAUGGGCGUCGCCAUCAGCUCCAUGACGGAGCUCGCCUCGCAGUCCGAUAUCAGGUACUCCGUGGUCGCCGAUUCCUCAGUGAUGACCUACUUCAAGAGAAUGGCUGCCAUUGAGGAGAGCUUCUACACCAUCUGGAAGGACAUGAGCAUGGGCGGUGGGAACAACAGCUUGGCGGUAUGGGACUACCCACUCGGGGAUAAGUACGUCAAUAUCUGGAAGCACAUGGAAGGCACUGGACUCUUCAACUCCACCGACCACGCUGUCAACAGUGUGUUGAAUGAUAACGUCGCCUUCAUUACAGACUCACCAAUCAUCAAGUACCUCACCAACAGGAACUGUGAAUUGGCUGCGGUAGGGGACAUGUUCAGCGUCAGGCCCUAUGCGUUCGCUCUCAAGGAAAAGUCUGUGUACACCAAGAAAAUAUCGUCAGCCAUCCUGGAGCUUCAGAAGAAGCGUCAGCUGGAGGCGUUCAAGAGACGCUGGUGGGAUGAGGGCAAACUGAACUGUCCAGAGAGCUCCACCGACCAGGGCCUUGACCUGGAGUCUCUCACUGGAAGCUUCAUUGUGGUGGUUGUUGGUAUGCUUUCUGGAUUGCUUGUCCUGGUACUGGAGCACUUCUGGAAUAGGUUUUCAAAGAGGAAGCAAUCCCCAAUCACACAGGUGAGACCGACUGUCAGUAGCAAGUCGUCCCUAGGCAUACCAGGCUCCGGCAACAUGGAGGUUACUGUUCUGGGAGCUACCAUCCUGAAAGACGAGCUGCACACUAAGCCGGACAGCUAGACAUCUUGACAUCUUUCGGGCUGCGGCAGUUUGGGGCUCACAGAGCUAGAUGCCAAGCAUGACUAGUUUGUGCUCACUCCGUUAGUUUGCGGCUCAUACAUCUAGACAUCUUUCGGACUGCUGCAGUUUGGAGCUCACUCACCUGGACGCUGCGUGUGACGUGCUUUUUGGUCUUACACAGCUAGACGCGGAGCCUGAAUGCUGCAGAUAACGAGCCGGUGAAUAAACUGGUCACAUGAUGUGGAUUCCCUUGAAUAGGGUGUGCUCUCCUACGCAGAUCGACACCUGGUCAAUACGUUGAACGCAUCCUGCAUUGUUCCAGUUUGAAGAAUAUGAACGCUGUUUACAGCUAUGCCAGUACUUUCAUGUCGGAAUCAAUCACAUUAGGUGAAAACGGUUGUCAUGGUCAGUAAAUUGUGUUAUUCUGCUUCUUGUAUGCAAAAUGGCUAAUUAUAGAAAUUUUACAUUCACACUAUGCAAAUGCUCAAUCCAGUUUUUCAUCUUGCAGUAUAUGUGAUACACUAUUAAUAAUUGUGUUUUAUCUUCAC